CGCGAGACAACUUCUCUUCUUCCACUUUCAUCGGCCGAACAAACCGAGAACGUUGCUAAACUUUGAUUGUUCUGCAUGCCACCUGAAUCAUCGCUUCGAAAAAAUGGUAACGCGGGGAGGUACAUCACAACUGUUUUCGUUGACUGGGGACCUUUACCAGAGGCGUCAACAGGAGACUUCACACCUCAAAUCCCUACGAGGGAUCCACCAUCAAACGGCGAAAUCAAAAUGGUCCCUAUAACCGCAAACGGAACGCCAUCGGAGAGUAAAGAAGCGAAGCCAGCUCAAGAAACAUAUGCAGAAGAUGUGUUGGUGGAAAUACCCGAUAUAGAUGAUGGAAAAUUCAGCUGGUUGAAAUUAUGGAGGUUUACGGGACCAGGCUUCCUUAUGAGUAUCGCCUAUCUGGAUCCGGGUAAUAUAGAAAGUGACUUACAAUCUGGUGCUAUUGGGCGGUAUCAGCUCAUUUGGGUACUUCUCGUAGCUCACAUACUUGGGUUAUUAUUACAACGACUUGCUGCUCGACUUGGUGUUGUGUCAGGGAAGCAUAUGGCUGAGAUUGCUCAUUCCUAUUAUCCACGAGUACCUCGAAUAAUUUUAUGGAUUAUGGUUGAAGUGGCCAUCAUAGCAUCCGACAUGCAAGAAGUGAUUGGAACAGCAAUUUCUUUAUAUUUGUUGACAGAUGGAUACAUCCCGCUCUAUGCAGGAGUGUUGAUAACGAUGGGCGAUACGCUCACAUUCUUGUUUUUAGAAAGAUAUGGUGUCCGCAAGUUCGAAGCAUUUUUCGUAUUCCUCAUCUCCAUUAUGGCUGUAACAUUCGGAUACGAGUUUGUUAGGAGCGAUCCAGAUUUUGGUGAAUUGUUCACUGGUAUGGUUGUCCCGUGGUGCAGAGGUUGUGGCGUUCGACAGUUCUUGCAAGCAGUAUCAAUUGUCGGUGCGGUUAUCAUGCCACACAAUCUCUAUCUACAUUCUGCACUUGUCAAGAGUCGCAAAAUUGACCGAACAAAAGAGGAGCGAGUACGCGAAGCAAACAUGUACUACUUUAUCGAGUCGUUCUUCGCUUUAUUCUGCUCGUUUUGGAUCAACGUGCUAGUUGUUGCUGUUUUUGCGAAAGGGUUCUAUGGAAAGACCAAUGCUGAUGUGAGGUACAACUGCUACAAUAUCGAUAAUCAUAUGCCAGAAUUCUACAAAAAGGUCUACGAGAAUAAUACGGAGCCUGCGGACAAUGACAUAUAUCAUGCUGGAGUAUUCCUUGGUUGCACAUUCGGAGUAAUUGCUUUGUAUGUAUGGGCUGUAGGUAUUUUGGCAGCUGGUCAAUCUUCAACAAUGACUGGUACUUAUGCUGGACAAUUUGCUAUGGAAGGCUUCAUCCAAAUUAGACUACCUCAGUGGAAACGAGUUCUCUUGACCAGGUCCAUCGCUAUGGGUCCAACGCUUCUGGUUGCCAUUUUCAGCGGUGGAAUAAAUAAUAUUACGGGUUUUAACGAUUUUCUCAAUUGUGUACAGAUGGUGCAGCUACCUUUUGCAAUAUUUCCGGUACUGACAUUUGUGUCAGAUGAGCGGGUCAUGUUCAAUUUUAGGACAUCAAGGGCUCAGAAAGCAUUCGCACUUACUGUUUCGCUGAUUGUACUAGGAAUAAACUUUUAUUUCCUCUAUGCUUGGGUGCAAGAACAUCUUGGUCUUACCGCUCUUACAAUUACUCUAACUUCAUUACUGGCCGUGGUAUACGUCAUUUUCAUACUAUUUUUGGUUUACUAUUGUCUGGUGGCGAUGAGCAUCAUUCCGCGAGUUGAUUGGAAAUAUCUACCUGAGCCCCAAUACCACCAUUUCGACGCUCCUUGGCAAAAAUCUGAUUCAUCUCCGGAGCGCUAUGGCUCUUUUGACAACACAAUAGUCCCAUCGAAUGCUACCGAAGCAGACGAUUUAUCAGCUGGAACAUCGUACUCAAGGAGUGGGCCUAGUCGAAGGAACACCCAUGGCGAAGAUCGAUGAGCUCUGUGAUCUAAACAUUCAUGAAAGAAUGUUGAUUAUUUAUAUAAAAGCAUAUUAUGCACUUGAUACGAUUGUAAAUUAUACAUGUUGUACAUUAUUCGAACGUUGUUAUAGAAUAAUAUUCUCUAAUGAUUGUUAUGGAUCUGCAGUGCUAUCCAAUAAUAAAUAGCACCUGGAAUUGCUUCAAUC